AGCUAGAUACAAGUACACGAAUUUACAAAGGUCCACUCAAGUUCACGUCGACGUUGAUUUUGGCCAAAUGAUGUUGGCGACUUCGAUACUCGUCAUGUCAGGUGCGUCUGCCUUCAAAUGCUCCAGAGUCUUGUGCAAAAUCGCUGCUGCUUUUUCUCCAGCGUGCUGCUGCUGGUCUUCCAACGCCUUCAACACCUUUUGCCAAAACUCUUCCCCCUCUUUCUUUUCCUGCUCUGUCUGGCGCCACCGGCCUGCCAAGUAUCUCCCUCCCAAAUGUGGCCCCGCAAACCAGUCUCCCCCACCGUGGAUGUGCAACUUCAACCUUUGCCCACCUCCAAGCAGCUAA